GAUGUUACCUUGAAUCGCGCCAAGUGCCGAAGGGGGUUGUUGAUUUAGAGUAGAAAAGGGGGCUGUUUUCCCUUCUUAUCCUAUGUUCUUGUAGAUCAGAUUAAAAAGAAGAAAGAUCAUCAAUAUGCAGAUCUCCAAGCUCGCCGCAACGCUCUUCCUCCUCACCAGCAGUGCCUACGCUGCCACUCAGCUCAAGCAGGCCCGCGCUAACAGCUGUGUCGAGACAUGCGGAAGCACCUGCUACUGGCAAUCCGACAUCGAUGAUGCGCUGAACAAGGGGUACUCGCUGUACAAAUCCGGCGACACCGCGGACGACUACCCGCACACAUACCGCGACGACGAAGGGUUUGAUUUCCCCGUCGAUGGCCCGUACCAGGAGUUUCCCAUUCUGAGCUCCUACGAAGUUUUCACUGGUAGUGGAAGCCCAGGUGCUGAUCGGGUGAUUUUCAAUGAGGAUGGUGAUUUUGCGGGAUUGAUUACCCAUACUGGUGCGAGCAGUUACGAUGGGUUUGUCGAGUGU